AUGGCCUCCGCCGACGCCGCCAAGCCCGCGACCCCGCCCGCCGCGGAUCCGACCGCCGACGACCCCAUGGACGCCGACCCCGCGCCCCCCGCGGGGGAGGAGGAGAAGGAGGAGGAGGCCACGCCGCAGAAGCAGCAGCAGCAGCCGGAGAAGAAGCGGGGCGGCCGCAGGAAGAAGGGCGAGGCGGCCGCGGCCGCCGCCGCCGCCGACCCCAUGGACGCCGACCCCGCGCCCCCCGCGGGGGAGGAGGAGAAGGAGGAGGAGGCCACGCCGCAGAAGCAGCAGCAGCAGCCGGAGAAGAAGCGGGGCGGCCGCAGGAAGAAGGGCGAGGCGGCCGCCGCGGCCGAGAAGAAGACGCCGACGUCCAAGAAGUCGGCCGGCCCCGCGGUCGAGCGCCCGUCCAGGGAGAGGAAGACCGUCGAGAGGUACGCGGAGCUUGCGCCGCGCGCCACGCCCGCCAAGAAGUCCCCCGCUAUUGUCCAGGGCUCUGGAACGAAGCUCAAGGACAUACCCAAUGUUUCAUUCAAACUAUCAAAGAGAAAGACUGAUGAGAAUCUCCAGAGCCUUCAUACUGUAUUGUAUGGGAGAAAAUCAAAUAACCAUUUUUUGAAGAGAAACAUAUCUCAAUUUUCUGGGUUUGUUUGGACAGACAAUCAAGAAAAGCAGAGGAACAGAAUAAAGGAAAAGCUUGAGAAAUUUAACAAGGAGAAGUUGCUAGAUUUUUGUGAAGUACUGGACAUUAAUGUAAAAGUAACUACAAAGAAGGAAGAAGUUUCUGCCAAGCUCUUGGAGUUUUUGGAGUCUCCUUAUGUUACCAGGGAUGUUGUUCUCACUGAUAAAAAGAAGGGGAAGAAACGUGGAAGGAAAUCUAAGGCAACUUCUGAAGGUGCUUCUGCAGAGAAGAAAAGGAAAAGAGUCCAGAAACAAGCAGCUGAAGAUGGUAAAGAGAAUGAUGAUGAGGAUGAUGCUGAUCCUGCUGGUUCUGAGGAUGCAUCGGCAGGAGAGGAAGCUGAUGGGGACUCUGAGGCAAAUGAUCAUGCUGUGAGUGAUGAUGAACCUGAUGAGCCUCCAGCAAAGAAAAAGUCUACAGAUGCUAAACAGGCUAAGAAAGAAACUGGUUCUGAUGCAAAGGAAAAGGAUACACCAGGAAAAAAGGGUUCAACGAAACCUGCAAAAGGUGCAUCAAAGCCUUCUCAAAACAGUAAAAAUGAGCCUGAGGUAGAGGUUAAAAAGGUCGGCAAGAGGGCAAAGAGUUCAAAAGAAAGUGUUGUGUCACCAGAUUCAAAUAAGUCAAACAAGAAGGUUCCUAUAUCCAAAAAGGAUGAUGGAAAAGAAACCCAAAACAAUAAAGCUGCCAGGUCAUCCAAUAAGAAUAAAGGAAAAGGCAAGGGUGGUGCAGCUGCUGGGACUGCCCCAACCACUGAACAGCUUCAUGCUGUUGUUAGCAGCAUUUUGAAGGAAGUUGACUUCAACACAGCAACUUUGGCUGAUAUUCUCAGACAAUUAGGUACCCAUUUUGAAAUGGACCUCAUGGACAGAAAAGCAGAAGUAAAGCGCAUCAUAGAAGAGGUAAUAAAUAGUAUGUCUGAUGAUGAAGGUGAGGAAGACUCAGAAGAUGAAGCAGAAGACAAUGGUAAGGUGGAGAAGUCAAAGAGUGAUCCUGAUGGAGGUGAAGAGAAGUGA